UAUAUUUCUUCUUCCGGAACUCUCUCAGUUUUACUCUCCUUCUUCCUGCAUCAGUCAGGACCAGGCAGCUCCAGAAGAGACCUUCUUGUCGGUGAAAAGUCACAGUCAGGAAAUCUCGAGAUGGAGAAGGGACACCCACCACAGGUCUCAGCUCCACCAUACCCUGGACCACCCAUGAACGAUGGAGGUAUGGUACAUCCGCAAGAAAUGUACCCUCAGCCGGGACUUUCACCAGCUGCACCUCCACCUGUUGUUUAUCAAGGAGUCCCAACAACCUCAGUCACUCAUGUGGACGUGACACCUGCACUGCAGGACACCCCAGGACAAAUGCUGUGUCCUAAAUGCCACCAGACUGUGGUCCCCACCACGGAGCACAAAGCAAACCUCCUGACGUGGGCCGUCUGCUGAGGCCUCACCAUGUUUGGGUAAAAGUGAUCGUUUUGAUUCAAACUUUCUGCACAUAGUUUCAAUUGGAGGAUAUCUUAUGGAAAACACAGGGAGACAUAUUAAAGUAUAAUCUGAAAUCAUGUCAACUCAGGAUAAGAAAAAGUGAAGGUACAAAAGAUCCUGUUUAAGUUAUUGUUGUCGGGAGAAAAUGGUCGUUAAGUCCAAACUCCCUUUGUUUUCCUCCAUCCUGCUACAGAGUCAUCUACAAGUGAAUGUGAAACUAUCCUGACUGUGAAUAAGAGAAGGACUCAGAACCCACACAUGCAGUGGCUUAUUAGUGGUUUUACUUGCUCUACAACGUUGAUCUGUAACGAAUGAAAAAUUGGCCAUGUAUAUUUUUGGCCAAUUAUUUCUAUUCAGUAACGUAUACAGUAAAUGUUUGACUUUUAAACAAAGGACUUAAAACUCUUAGUUUGUAAGCUAGCUUCCGCGCUGUUUGCCGCAUUGCAGAUUUACACUGUUGUUAUUUCUAUAUUGUUUUCAUAUCAUUUGCUUUGGUAAAAAGAAAAGGUAAAAUCUUUCUUUUCUGGUGCUAGUUUUAUUUUAAGAGGAUUAUUUGCAAGGCAACAAAGUGAAAUCAAAACUGUCUUUGUGAUGUUUCAGUGCAAUUUCACAUAGUUUUACUUUUGUCAAGGCUAACUGGUUUUAAAUGAUACAUAAUGACGUGGAAAAUAAAAGGUCAAGCAUUGAAAGAAUUGCGACUCCUGGUUUCAGUCCAACAAUGUUACAUGCAGAA